GUGGUUUUGACUAUAUUGCUCUAAACUCAUUUCAAAUUUUGCCCAAAAAAGGAGGGGAAAAGGCUUGAUUAGGGUUUUGAUCCCGGCUUGAUAAUCAAACAAUUAAUAAUGAUAUUUCUUGAUAAUGAUGAUCAUCAUGUUGAUGAUCAUGAUAUGUACUUGCUGCCUGCCCUAAUCGUGAUUAAUUAAUUCGUUCCCUUUGUCAUAAUUAUCCAAAUAAUUAAUUAACUGUUUUAUGUAUAUUGGGGGUCGGGAAUUGGUAGGGUAUAGUGCCUACUUCACUUGAUGUUGACUGAAUCUCUUCUUUUCAACCCCAUUGAAUUAAUUAAAUAACCCUAAAUAACCCUCCAUUAGCCCAUUGUUUAUUAAAUUAGGAUGUAACUAUCCCCUAAACUUAUUAUUAUUUCUUGAAGCUUUCUUGAAAGGCAAAAAUACAUUUGAAGGAAUCCGGCCUGCAUUGGGCCAACGGUUCAUUCCAUACACACGUACCCAAUCGGAUCAAAUUGAAUACUACUCGAUUCAGAUUUAAUUAUAUGAAUUUUGAUUGGACCGAAUCAAUCGAAUGCAUUUUUUUUAAUUUGUGAUCGAGCUCUUUUCCUUGUUUCUUUUAUAUGUGGUUCAAUCUUAUCUCGACUUGGUUCGAUGUCAAAAUCUAAACUGAUCAUCAUACCGAUACCUAUCUGAAUGGGGUUUGUAAUUAUGGUUUGCGAAGCUAAAUAUGAGAUUUUUCAGAAUAAGUUAGUCGGUGGAUAUUUGAUGGUAUAAAUUAAUCAUCAUGAUUUCUCCUGCUUAUAGAUUAGCUAAAAUGCAUUGCAUUGAUAAACCGCGUAAAUCUGUUUGUUCUUUGUUUUUUAUGUCGUCGAUUUUCCAUUUCCGUCUUAGUUUAAUCCUAAUCUCUUACUUUUUAUCUUGACUAAGCUUGAGACGAUGUUUCUGGCAGUUUAUUAAAUUCGAGAUGGGGAAAAGAUUAAGAGAUCCGCGUCAGAGAUUCUCAGCAUUGCGUUGUUAUAAUUGAUAAUGGUGAAAACUUCCGAUAAAGAAAAACCAGAAAACCGUUAUAAUUGAAGUUUAGCAGAGCAUACACAUAUGGAAUCUAAUAACUAAAGCGACUUCCCUUAUCUAAUUGGUUAAUAUUUCAGUUUUUAAGUAAGUAAUAAUGAUUGGAAAAUUUUCAGUUUGGUUUUGUUUUGAAGUAUGAGAUUGACAAUAUAAUUGGGGUUUUUUUAUCCCACAUUAUUUUGUGAUUAGAGGGUCAUUUUCAGAUAAUUAAUACAAAAAAUUGCAUGUGAUGUUCACAAAUUGAAUUAAUCAUGACUUCUGUAUAUCAUGCUUACAUGCUAGCAUGGACGAUGUCCAACAUUAAUCGAACGCACGUCGUUUUGGUUAAAUGUCAGUUUGGUCACUUAGUUUGUUUAUUAGUUUUGUAUAUUCAUUCAUUGUACUCUAAAAUUCCAUCAAGUUUUUUUAUUUGUAGGUGAAGUGUAACUUAUCGUUGUUACCAAAAGUAAAGCAAGCAAUAUGAUCGCUGGAUGUAAAAGCCACCUCUAAUUGCUCGUCGUUUGCCGAUUCUAAUGACAUUUAGGAACCCAAUCGCUGAGCACAAGAAUUGCCAAAUUUGAAGAACUCGUCAAAAGAGAAAAAUCGCAUUGUUCAUUCUAGACUGCCUCUGUUUCUCGGGUGAAACGUUGCAAUUGUAAGUUGUAACGAGGGGGCGGAUAAUAAGCGAGGCGAGUCGAGUCGAGUUUUGUCAUGGUUCGGACUUGACUCGUUAAAAUAGUUUCGAAUUUGAGUUUGGUUUGAGUACGCGACACAGAGUUUUAAAAAUUUCAAUAUGCAAGCUUUGCUUGAGGUCGGCUCCCUGUACAAAAAAUAGAAGCUCGAGCUCACUUGAUAGUUUGGCUCAUCAAAUGCGAGUUUAACGAGCACAGAUCGAGUAGUUCAGCUGAUAAAAUGUCGAUUGUAGCUCAAUUUUGAGCUCGACUAAAAAAUUAUAUUUAAUUCUAUGGUGUUUCGAGCUUGUUUAUCGAGCUGAACAUGUCAUGGCUCGAGCAAUCGAGUGGACUGUGGUUGUGUCCAUGGUCUAGACCAUACCAGACUAGAUAGGAGAUCAAAGCAUCCGAUAACAUAGACCAUGAAACCAAACCCAUUUUUUUUAUAGUAUACGGCCCAUACCAAACUGUACGAUUCGAUUUCAAUCACCUCCAAUAUAAUAUCCUUCCUCUUUCUCUCUAUGUGUGUAUGGAUCUCUUGGAUUCACCGAAUUGGAAAGGGUUGAAACAAUAGGAACAGAUGGUAACUAAAAUGUUUGCAGAUGCUGAGACACUCCACAGUAAAGAGUUUCUUUGGAUCCUCCCCCCAUUCCAUUUCCAAUAGCAUUUUUAGUAUAGAUAUAUUCAAUUAAAUAAUCAAUUAAAGGAAAGAGUGGAAAAAUUCAAAGCUGUUAUAAUCUCAUCGGUACUAAUAACUCGAGUUGUUGGAGACAUCUAUGUAUGACACUUUCUUACAAGUCUCAUCAUAAACGAACUCCAACUGAUCACGGGCUUGAAAUUUGUAUAGACUUAAGCUGAUCAAUUCUACUAUGCUAUAUAGUAUUGGUGCUUUAAUGUACAACUUGAAGUUGUACCAUAACAUUAAAUGUACAAGUUUAGGUUGUACCAUAAAGGAAUUUGUAUCAUUAUGUUAUGGUACAACUUUACAACUUGAAGUUGUACCAUCACAUAAGGUACAAGUUUAAGUUGUACCAUAAAAGAAUUCGUACAAAAAGUAUAGGUACAAUCUGAAGUUGUACCAUAACAUUAAAAAUACAAUUUCAAGUUGUACCAUAAAGGUAAAAACCUAUAGCACCAAUGUUAUAUAGCAUUGUAAAAUUCCUCGACUUAAGCAUGCCAUGUGCUUUAAAACAACGAUUGAUAUUAGGGGAUCGUGAAUAUUGAACACUUGAAUUCAAACACAAAUCAACUCUCAUAUCAUAUUUUAAUAUUGUUGAGAAAUAUAUAUACUAAGCACUUAAAUAUUUCAUUGCUUAAAUUCCAUCAGAAUUUAACUCCCUACCAAUUUUUCUCCUACCCAAAAUUCCCUGUCAUGUUUUUUUCUGCCUACACUAAUUAAACAAACCCAAUCCGUUAUUAUUAAUUAAUAGAAAGCUAGCCUCUAUGUUAAUUAUCCAUGAAAUUGUCUUCCUUCAUGUAAAUAACUAAUCAGCUUCUCUCUCUAAUCAAAAUUAUUAAAAAAUAAUCCCUCUGCUCCCAUUCUCCUUUUCUUUCCCUUUACCUUCCCCCAAUCCAUUCAGCUCUCCCUUUUAAUUCCCACUCGUUUACUCACUCACUUGCUGACUCACUUCCUCCCUCCCUCCCUCCUUCCCCCUUUGCCAAUCUCCGGCAUGGAUUCCGGCCAGAUCUCCACCUGAUAUUUCGGAAACGAAACCUCUCACCGCCGGGUAUUCCAUCUAAAACCAGGAAGAAAGAGGACAGCAACAAAACCCCUAAUUCCUAAUUCCCACAAACCGAGGAAUUAUUCACCAUGGUGCCAUACGACACCGCCGCGAUUCCAAUCGCCAACCCGCCGGCGAGUUCGUCCUCCUCCACCACCAUCUCCAAGCCGCCCGAAAUCGACGGCCUCCUCGCCGGAGCCGGGUACAAGGUCCGCUCCUCCGACCUCCGCCACGUCGCCCAGCGGCUCGAGCGGCUCGAGACCGCCAUGCUCAACUCGCCCUCCCAGCACCUCUCCCUCCUCGCCUCCGACGCCGUCCUCUACAACCCUUCCGAUCUCUCCACCUGGGUCGACUCGCUGCUCUCCGAGCUCAACCAGUCUCAAUCCCUCCCUUCUCUGCCGUCCGAUCUCUCGGAUCUCAUUUCCAAUCCGACGGCUCUCGACGCCUCCUGGAUGGACCAACAACUCUCGCCGCCGACGGCGGCGAUUCCCAAUCAGCAACCGUCGCAAUUGACGGUGGUGGAGGAGGAUUCCGGGAUAAGGCUGGUCCAUAUGCUGAUGACGUGUGCGGAGUACGUCCAACGUGGCGAUCUCUCAUUGGCCGGGUCGUUGAUCCAGGAUAUGCAGUCCCUGUUGACCCGGGUCAACACGGGUUGCGGCAUCCGGAAAGUCGCCGGGUGCUUCAUCGACGCGCUGAGCCGCCGCGUGUUUGCCGCCGGCGGCGGCGGCAUCCCGGGCUCGGCUUACGAGACCGAGAUUCUCUACCACCAUUUCUACGAGGCCUGCCCGUACCUAAAGUUCGCGCACUUCACGGCCAACCAGGCGAUCUUGGAAGCAUUCGACGGCCACGAUUGCGUCCACGUGGUGGACUUCAACCUGAUGCACGGGCUCCAGUGGCCGGCCCUGAUCCAGGCCCUGGCCUUACGGCCCGGUGGGCCGCCAACCCUCCGGCUCACGGGGAUCGGCCCACCAUCACCCGACGGCCGCGACUCGCUCCGCGAGAUCGGCCUCCGGCUCGCGGAGCUCGCCCGGUCCGUCAACGUUCGGUUCGCCUUCCGCGGCGUCGCAGCAUCCCGACUCGAGGAUGUCAAGCCGUGGAUGCUCCAGGUGAACCCGAAGGAGGCCGUGGCGGUCAACUCCAUUAUGCAGCUCCACAAGCUACUUGUCGGGCCGGGUCUCGACCCGGCCCACCGGCCCGCACCGAUCGAGGCGGUCCUAGGCUGGAUCCGGUCCCUCAACCCGAAAAUCGUGACCGUGGUCGAGCACGAGGCGGACCACAACCAGCCCGUGUUCCUCGACCGGUUCACCGAAUCGCUGUACUACUACUCGACGAUGUUCGAUUCGCUCGACGCCUGCGCCCUCCAGCCGGAGAAGGCGCUGGCGGAGAUGUACAUUCAGAGGGAGAUUUGCAACGUGGUGAGCUGCGAGGGAUCGGCCCGGCUCGAGCGGCACGAGCCGCUGGCCAGGUGGAGGGAGCGGCUCGGUCGGGCCGGGUUCCGGCCGCUGCAUUUGGGUUCGAACGCGUUCAAGCAGGCGAGCAUGUUGCUGACUCUGUUCUCCGCCGAGGGGUAUUGUGUUGAGGAGAAUGAAGGGUGUUUGACUCUCGGGUGGCACAGCCGGCCGCUCAUCGCCGCCUCCGCUUGGCACGCGCUGCCGGAAACCGCCGCCGUUUCUCCCGAUGUCGCGGUGGUUGGUGGCGCUGUGAUGUAAAAAGAAAAAAGUUCGGCAAUCGGCAAUUUGGAGGGAAAUGGGUUUCCUUUUUUUGGGGGAAAUUAGAUCUUCUUUCAUUUUCUUUCCUCUUACUUUCCUUUUUCCAUAACCUUUUUUCUUAAGGGUACCGCCAUUGAAAUCAAAUGUUUCAAGCUUUGAGAGGGACUAAUUAUUACAAACCCACAUACAAAUCACUGCUACCAAUUCUGUCUCCAGUAGUUCUGAUUAGUCAAAGCUCGAUCGGGGUAGAAUUGGUUGAAACGGUUGAACGAUGGUAAAGCAGCUGCCUUUCGAGGCAAAUGCACCGUCGGAAUUUAAGAACUGGUGGGAUGGAAUUGGGCCGGAAGCCGGGAACUAGAACUGUCUGCAUUGAUAAGAAUGCUGAGAAGGAACAGAGGAAGGAAUGAUUCGUGGUGUGAUUUGAUCCUCUGUGGAGGUAUUACUGAGUCAAUUGCGUUGUAUGAAUUCCCUUUGGACGGCAGAAGAUGGGUGGACUUGGUUUGACAUGACGUAGUGAAGGUUCUCUGCCUUGUAUUUACGUCGAUGGAUUGUUGUUGGCAUUGGUACAUGAUGUGAUGAUGAUGAUAAUGUAGUUUGUUGAGAUGGACCGUAUAAUAAAUUUGUAAAUAUGGGGGAAAAGGGAGUUCCAUCAUGGAAACAUAGUUUUUAUAUUUGGUGACAUCGAUGUUCACAAUAAGAGGGAGGGUUUGCAAGUUGCUAGCCAUCCAACUUGACUAUUGAAUUAGGGUGGUGUUGGUGCCUAGAUCGGAUUCGUGUUUGCGAUGCUGAGUUAUUGAGAAAUGUUUAUCGAUAAAUCAACUAUAACUGAUAACUAAAUCGUCUGUGAAGAUGACGUGCACAAUGCAGCUUGUUCAUUUGUUGAUUUUCUAGUCUGAUAGUUGAGGCAAGGAAAAAUUCUGGGGGGUGCUUACAAUGCGACCCUCCUCAUUCUUGUACCGGUGAUAUCCUCACAUCUGGAAGAAGCAUGACGGUAUACGUUACGUACGUACCCUGACCAGAGCCUGGUGAGCGUAUCAGGAUUAAUUCGACAACAAGUUUGAUUUCUCUCACAAUCAACACAAAUCUCAAAUACCAUAUCGAAACCAGAUUUGCAGAGGGUUUUUUCUGGCCAAUAACCGAAGAGAAGGUAUCCGAUAGAGAGAUAUGAUUACUUAUUAGGAUGUCCCAAGCUCCAACCAUAAGAUAAGGCAAGUGUGUAUGAAAUUGACUAGUGAAUCAAAGGAGAUCCUAUGAAAGACACAAUUACAUGGGAUGAGAGAUAGAGAUGGAUGAGAAGGAUGAUGAGUUGUAACGGGGAUUGUGUUGUGGUGGGGAGAAACGGGAGCAAGUAGUAGUACUAUAGCAUGUGGGCAUGGACCAAAUUGCAAGGGAAAGAAGGCUAAGGGAAUUGGAGAACGGGGACCCUAUUUCCUUUCUCCCUCUCUUGCCCUUUUUCUGUGGGGUUCCAUCGAAAUAAUGAAGGGCAGAGAUGGAUGGAGAUGGGAGGAGAAGAAGAAGAAGAGGGGAGAUGUGAGCCUGUUUUGAGAUGGAAAGGGAAAACAUAGUGCCCCCAAUGGAAAGAAGGGUUUGGUGUCACAUGACACAUCUGCCCGAUUGUUCCCUCCCACCUAGCUCUCUCUCUCUUCUUUUAAAUCUUUGAUGCCAACCCGAAUGCGGUGCUCACAGCCUGUUGUGAGCACGUGGUCAUAGAGGUUGGGAAUCGUCAGGUCAGGCGUGAAGCAUCUGUGGCUGUCGGAUGGAUGCGGUACUGAUAAUUUAUUAGUACUAUUUUUACUGCGUCCAUUCAACUGUCUCGCUCAUUCAGUACCAUAAGGCGAGCCUCAUCGGUCCCGACCUCGAUGAACGCCAGGAAUCUAGUCGAGUAGCCGCUAAUUCAACCAGGAUCUCGCCAAUCGCAUUUUUUAACGUUGUUUUCUCAUCCGGGGGUCUCCUCAGCCGUCGUCAUUGGUUCUCGGAUUCGGCAAAGAAGUCAUGACAUGAGGGUCGCGAAGGAUACGCGUAUAAAAUAGAUCAAACAAAGGAUUGACUUGUCAAAAUAGGCCAUGAGGAAAAUUAAAGUCGUUUCGAGUCAACUUAAUUCUUGCUACGUGCUCGGUCAGUGCAAAAUCAACAAUGUAUAUCCACUUAACGAUCAACCACCAUAGUAAAAAAAGAAACAAUUGUACAAAUCCUUCACUAUAGUAGAGACUUUUAGAGACCCAUAACUCAAGAUCCCAAACCACCACUAGUGACAUGGUAAAGGCAUAAUGGUGAAUUCCAUUCCAUGUCCUUUGCUUGUAUAGUUGCUCCCUGUUUUUUACACUUUGCUAUGAGUAGGCUUGAUGGAUGGACGAGUCAAGGUGAGAACUAUGAGCCUGUGAGAGACUUACUGAGUGAGUCAGGCGCCCAAUUUUAGCAACAUUACUGACUCACUCACUCACUCUUAAGACCCCACUCCCACACUUUCCUCUCAAUUCUCAUAUUCCCCUGUCACUUGCAACUUGGGGUAGAUGAUGAUGAGUAGAGUAAGAUGCCAUUUCAAUGGCCUUUUAGGGUUGUGGAUGAUUGUGCAUCAUGUUGAUGAAGAAAUCAAGAUUGGCUGGAUUUGGGUGAUUGAUUGUUGGGUGGUUGUUGGGAUUGAGAUUAGAGGGCGUUUUCGUUCGGUGAAUAAGGAUGUAUGAUAGUC